AUGGCAAACUCAGCAACAGAGACGACGUCCGUAUCCAAGGCUAAGCCUGAGAGGCUUCCCAUCACCGUCUCAAAGCCGACUCCAUACACAUUCGACCUGGGCCAUUUGCUCGCCAACGAUCCAAACCCGCUCGAGCUUCCCAAGUCCGAACCACUCAAUGUCUCUCUCAAAGCCACCGCCCGAGACGGCAUUCAAAGCCUCCUCAACCAACUCCUAACAGCCUGCCCCAUCACCUCCACGCAACAAGGCGUCCUCCUCUCUCUCCCUCCUCCCUCAACAACCCUCCCCCGCCACAAGCCCCUACCGACUCCCAAGGCCCCGACCAAGUGGGAACUAUUUGCGCGCAAGAAGGGCAUCGGAAAAUACAGCAGCAAGCCUGGAGCUGCGCUUGCGGAUAAAGAGCGCCGGAAGAAGUUGGUCUACGAUGAGGAGUCUGGCGAGUGGGUGCCUCGCUGGGGUUACAAAGGCAAGAACAAGUCUGAUGAUGAUUGGCUGGUGGAGGUGAAGGAGAGUGACUGGAAGAAGGAGGAGGAUGCGGCGGCCAAGGGCAGCUCGAUUCGUGGCAUGACACGCGCUGAUAGAAAGGAGAGGAUCCGGCGGAAUGAAAGGAAGAUGAGAGCAAAUGAACGGAACUCGCGGAAGUCUGGAUCGUCACGAUAA